UACGCUACUCGGCGCGGUGGUCCGGGAUUCGAAUGGCUCGCGGUGGGUUCGUAACUUCUUUCCUCCUCCGCCCGCGGUUCGCUUUUCGCACUCGCUCGGUACGGUAUGACCGACGACGAGGUUAUGGCGGACAAGGGCUUCUUCAUCAAAUUGGUGAACGACGAGAAAGGCAAGGGGCUGUUCUCCAAUCGCGCGUUCAAGGAGGGCGACGUGAUACUCGAGGAGAGGCCCGUGGUCUGCUGUCAGUUCCUGUGGAACUCCGAGUUCGGUUACUCGGCGUGCGACCACUGUCUGAGGCCGCUGGAGACGGCGGAGGAGAAUGUCCGCAGGUUGACGGGCAAUGCAGGCCUCGUGGUGCCGCACAAGGAGUGCUGCGAGGUCAACAAGAGCUUGAUAGUCAAGUGCCCUCUGUGCGGGGUCAAAUAUUGCGGCGUGGAGUGUCAAAAUGAGGCUUCUCAGAGGUAUCACGGUACGCUGUGCCUGCAAGCGAGAGCCGAGGACAAGGGCCACCCUCUCAAUCAGUUGUGCGAAACGUGGAAGCAGAUGCACUACCCGCCUGAAAACGCGUCGAUCAUGCUGCUAGCGAGGAUGGUCGCCGUGGUUAAUCAGUCGAACGACAAGGAGGAGGCUCUGGCAAUGUUUUCGCAGUUUUGUCACCGCACCGUCUCCAACGACACGCACGAGAUCGUGCACUAUCUGCUGGGGGAGAAGUUUGUGGGUCAAAUCGACAUCCUUCAGCAAAUGAUGAAGGAAGCCCUGAACACCGAGUAUACCGCACAUUGGUUCACGCCGGAUGGCUUUAGAAGUCUAUUAGCUUUAGUAGGAACAAACGGACAAGGGAUCGGUACCAGUUCGUUCAGCCGCUGGGUGAAGAACGUUUCCGCUUUAGAAUUGCCCAAAGACGAGAGGAUUUACGUUGACAAGUUGAUAGAGAGAAUUUACGAUGCCAUGGACGAGGCAGUAGGACCGUUUUUGAAUAACGAAGGGUCUGGACUCUACGUACUGCAGUCGUCGGUGAAUCAUAGCUGUGUACCAAACGCAGUCGUAGAGUUCCCUUAUUCGAACAAUACUUUAGUACUAAAAGCAAUACGAGAUAUCAAAGCCGGCGAGGAGAUCUGUACGAGCUACCUCGACGAGUGCCAGCUCGAGAGAAGCCGACAUUCCAGGCAGCAGGCAUUGAGCUCCAUGUAUCUGUUCGUUUGUCACUGCGACAAGUGCCGGAUGCAGGCAAACGACCCCGACGUCACGUCCGACGAAGAGGAGUCCGACGAAGACUGAUGAGUGCCGGCUGAAGAUACACAAGCAAGAACAAUGAUACAAUUUUCAUAAUACACAAGAUAUAUACUGAAUAUCUAAUCCCCCCGCCCCCCCCCUUAAUGAACGACUAAGGGCAUCCUGUUACGCUUUACUCGACUAUCAUACGUACAGCGCACCAAGUGAGCUUUAUGUGACUCCAGUAAAGUAGCAUGUAGGAUAAACGCAUCAUUACACUUUAAUGAACUUUUAAUAAACGUACUUUAUUAAUGUAA